UUUCUCUUAUCGAAGGUGAGUAUACACGUGUCGCGUCCGUUUAAAAAAUAUCGACGUUGCUUCGAUGUAAUAUAUAAUAUUUGGUCGUACGAGAUAACGUUCGAUCUUUGCAUUGCGAUCGAUAUCAGAGCAUCCAGAAGAAUCUUUCGAGAACAGUAGUUCAUCGUUAUCGCGCAUAAUUGUAAUCGAAAGUAGAACCAAACGAGCAAACACUUUAUUAUACCAUAAAGUCCGUCGAGGAAAUUUUCGUGUGCUGUGUCUACCGAAACGAUUUACGAGACCUAAUAAAAGCUCUAUAUGUACACAGCUCAUCCCAUCCCUUCGAUUAAUUCCAUUUCUCCUCGCGAGCUCACCCCUGCCUUGCAUCCCCACGCACACACACACACACACACGCGCGCGCGCGCGCGCCCUCGCACGCAUUGCGUCCCGAUCGCAAGCCCUGCGCGCAAGCUCGCCACAAGCUCUGUAUCAGCGAUCGCUUAAUCUCAGGGGGUGCGCUUCGGCAGGACACUCGGGAACGCCGGCCGAGUCGACACGCGAAACCGAGCCGUCGUUCUCGAGUUCCACGCCAUGCAUCGUGACUCCCUGAUACACUUGCAAGCUUCCAGGCGCACAGUUAGUUCGACGGACCAGCUGCUCGUGCGAGCUUCGGCCUUACUUUCUUUUCUGCGUGUGUGUGUAUAGGCAGCACGGCGAAAAAGCGCGAAAGAUGAGCCGCCUCGAGGAAGCCAAGUCGGAGGAGCUGAGAGUCUAUCGGCAGGACUGCAAUAGCGAGGAGAGAGAGGAGCUUGCAGCUGUUGGGACCAAGUCGGAGGAGGACUACAACGAGGAGAGUAUCGAAGCCACGGGCAAAUUUUUCAACGGCAACGCGAGGAUCGUCAUUGUUCCGAAAAUCCUCGAGUCCUCCACGAAUCAGAGCGACGAUCAGCCGGACGACAAGGACGACGGGGCGAUCGGUAAGAGGUCCGGGAACCCGAGGCUGAAGAGAGGCACGAUAUACUUCUUCGACUGCCUCGUCGCCGCCCUGGUGGUCGGACCCAUGGUCGUCGCUCACUGGAGGGGAAUCUGGGUCCUCAUGGACUUUCACCAGGACAUAUUCACCGGCUGGCUGUGCUUCGGCCUGGGCAUGAGUCUGCACUUUCUCUUCGCGGUGCUGAAGCAGCCGCUGCAUCGAGCUUUCGCCCAGGACGCGAGUAGCAAGGGCCUGUGCGCCAGACUGGGCUGUCGGCUCAUUCGCACCGUCUACAUCUACCUGUUCAGCCUGGCCUGUAACUGCCAUUGGCGGGGCGUUUGGAUCCUACUGAACGACCUGUUCGGUGUUCAAGCUGGGUAAAUAUCACGUCUGGAGUGUGUCUAUGCAAAUAAUCCGUAAAGUUUUCGAAGCUGUGAGCGAAGGUCGCUGGAUCGCAUACCGAUAUGUAUACGGAAGAUAUCGCGGAGCGAGCGUUAUAUUUUAUAAUUGAGAAUAUAUGUGCAACGGAGCUUUCCAGGAUUCUGGGGGAAAAAAAAAGUCGUUUGCGAGAUUUUUUAUUUCGAGUAUAUAGAGCGCGUAAAUUUGCUAAUGUCUAAUGACAUCGAGUGUACAGCUUCGCAAAAGUAUAUAAAUUACAAACUCGAGCUUCGCAUAUUAAUUGCUCGUCCGAUAUCUCCAAAUAACGCUUAAAAUCUCGACUAUAGCUGUUCGAGUAGCAGCUUUUCUAGCUCGCGCCUAUCGAAGCCGCGUCACCUACUUUUCUAGCGGUAUAGAAAAUACGAACAAACAGCCGUCCCACUAUCGCGAGCGCAAAGAGAACUUUCUCGUAGACAGGCCUUUUUUUUUCGAAACUGGUGCAACGACCCCGGCGCGUCAAUAACAAUAGAGCUCGCGAGUAGCACGUAAUAAAGAUAAUUUUUCCGCGCGGCGCCGCGGAUUCUUCCGUCGGUUCCGCGAUCGAGAUUUCAUUUAACGCUUUUAUUGCGGACGCAUAUAGAAUAUAACGCGAGUACCCGCUGUUUAUUUAUCGUCGUGCCUUUCUUCGAGAUACGUAAAAGUUGUGAUGACGAUUCGAAAUUUUUGGCGCCAUCGGGGAUUAAAGAGUCCGCUGAGAAAAUUGAUACACUCUGGCCGAGCUUAUCUCUCAGCUCUUGGAGCUUUCCCCUAUAUAAUCAGAGAUAAAGAAAAGCGCGCGAAAUACAAUCAGACACGCUCGCACAAGGCCGUUACAUAUCGCUCUCUCUCUCUCUCUCUCUUUCCACAGAAUCAUCGCCUGCUUCACUUGCGCCAUCCUGGG